AYAAAACAUAACAAAGAUAGAAAACUCAAUGAAUCUCUGCAAGCUUCCAUUACGCAGCRAAUUUGAGAAGUCAAUAGUGAAGAACAGUGGCUCUGAGCAUAAAUUAUUGAUAUCUAGAAAAUCAGACGGAUCUAGAAAAUCAUACAAACACUGGCAUCUAGGACAUAUCGACCUAACGGUGCCGUAGACAUCUGGUUAUCUUAGUGCUCACACGAUCUCAGUUUUUUUAAUCAAUGACGGUAUACUUUUGAGUUAAAUUUUGAGGAUAUUUGACCGAAAAAAUGGAAACAAGAAGUAACUGCAGACAAAUUUCGAGGAAAGRAAACGUUUAUAUUUUCGUUGUAUUUUGUUUGUUUUUUCUGGCCAUUAGCUCGUGUGAAGAACAGUGCCAUAAACUGGACCCAUCGCUCUUUCCAAGCUGCAUAAAAGCUGGAAUAGACGCCACAAUAAGAGCUCCGCCAAACCAGAGCAAAGAAUUAAUUUUCAAAUCCAAUUUGACACGACGAACGAUAGAGAAAUUAAGAAGAUGUUCUCCAUAUAUAGAUUUCUUUGUCUGUUCUGCUACAGUUCCACAGUGUAUCGAAGGAAUGGAGGCUCCUWUUUUGCCUUGUCGUCGAGUUUGUACUGAUGUACUGAGAGGAUGCGAUGUUCAAAGGGUUAGAAGAGGAGAUGUAGAAUGGUUUAAGGGCCUUUGCAAGUUGUUACCAGACGAAGAGCCAACCACUGGUAAAUGCAUCGAGCCMAAGGACUUCAAACCACAAUAUAAAAACGUUCCGCUACAGCAAAAUUGUUCCAAACUGUUUCUACCACAGUGUGUGGGCUUUGGGUAUCAUUAUACCACAAGGACAUUCAUCGAACAGCUAUGGCUCAUGAACCAUCACUUCGAUACAAUAUUAAACAAAACAACUUCAAGCAACACUGCUUGUCAACCUGUUCUGAAGGAGUUACUUUGUACAGAGCUAGUACCCGCCUGCUUUGAGAACCAAUCAGAACCAGCCAUCUACACAGUAUGUGAACCMAAGUGUCGAGUCCUUAAGAAUCAAUGCCCAGUUGUUUUCGAAAAGGAGAUUGGCAUCUUUGAGGAUUGUACAAUGGUGGCUGAGGAGGAGACUGAGUAUGAGGGGUUUUGUAGGGUGACUAAAUGGCCUGGGACAAGUAGAUGGACAACUAAAGGAGUAGUCAAUCCCCAUGGUAUUGUCUUGACUGGAAGUCCACAAGGAUCAGGAAUCAGCGUUGGAGCAGUAAUUAUCUCUGUAAUCAUCGUCAUAGCCCUUGGGCUUCUCGCGUUUGGAGUUUACAUCGUUUUCAAGAAAAAGAGGAUUUUUAGGCUCCGAGGGUAUURCCGUCAUGGAGAAGAAGAGGAGGAUGAAGAAGAAAUGACAGUAGUUGUUCCCACGUAAAAGGUUUAUUGAUAUGUCGAGUCUUGUGACUGGGUUAUAGGCAAGCAAAAAUAAUAGACCGAACUGUUGCGAAGCCUGUUAUCCAAGCCGGCACCAAUCUUUUCAUUCCUGUCUUCCAGGCCUAGGACUGAGGGCAUUUUCCAGGAAUGGCAGUAGGCUGGAAUACCUUGUGCACCAAUGAAUAUUUGUUAUAUUUAGAUUUAUGAACGUUUUGGAAACUUGUACUCUAUGGAUAUCAUUAACGUAGAGGCGAAAAAGGUUGCAUGACCGAUAGCAUAAACAUGGUUACAUUGCUGUACCACUCCCAGCCGUAAACCAAGAUGGUUUGCUAGUGCAAACGCUUUUUUGAUUGAGUGUGGCACAAAGCCCGGCUACACACUCCUUUUUUCACAUUGCAAUUUUUCGUUCCAUCGAAAAUAUCUGCAAUUAGCUAUAAAUAUUUCAGGUUAUAUUUUAGGCUAGCCAUAUUUAUGUGCAUUCAUUGCUACGUUAAAAUGUUUCAAGCAGUUAAGGGACUGGUCAACAUUUAUAGCCUGG